UGCCAACUUUGCUAUGCGCUCUUUUAAGUACUGAUAACUUACACGUCUGAUAAAAUGUUACGUUUUAUACAACAUCUAUGGACAGAACGCCACAUUUAUUGGUUUCGUUAUGGCGAUGUUGAUAAUUUUUUUGUUCAUUCUGGGUUCCGUGCAUUUCUCCCAGGGAACUGAAGAUGCAUCUUGUAGAGAUUGCAACACGAGGCUGGACUACAUGAUGAAGGUUCAUGCGGAUCUUCUUAUGAAAUAUGAAACACUGCUCGAAAUGUAUGAAAGUAAUCGCGACCGAAUCGAAGCGCUUGAAGGGAAAAUAAAGGACGCCAAGUUAGAAAAAGGCAGCAGUCAAGUCGCAGCGAUCUGGAGUACUGAAGAAGCGAAAAACGUGACGGCGAACUUAAGUGCGGAAGCAAAACAGGAAGAAACCGAGGAAAAUCAUCAAAAAGCCUCCAUAAGGAUAUUUGGAAAAGCGGGACAAAGAAACACUCAUCACAAACAGGUACGUGAUGUUGUUGAUCAACCUAAUAAACAGCUUCUGAGCGACAACGCCGAAACUGUAGAUACGGGCGGUACCAUGAGGGAUACAAGGAGUUUUGAUGUAGAAGAAAAUGUGGCUUUCAGUGCAUAUCUUGAUCAGGAGCUAACGCAUUUACAUGUCGGGCAUAUCGUACGAUGUAACCAGAUUGUUAUUAACGACGGAAGUGGCUAUAACGCAGCAAGUGGGGUCUUCACGGCGCAUGUUCCGGGUGUUUACUUUUUUGCAUUUACUAUUGACACACACGCAGGCGAAAUGAAUGUCAGGCUGGUUCAGGAUGGAGUAAAUUUAUUCGGCGCCGUUAGUACCCCUCGCAUAAUGGGCGGAAAUUACGGUGUGACGCGUCUUGGGAGAGGACAAUCUGUAUGGUUAGAAAUCGUUCAUAACGACGAUGUGGAACUUAUAGGAAUGCCAACAUUUCAUAUGGUUUCAUUUUCAGGCUUUUUGUUGUACCAGUAAACCAAUUUAAUACGGUAUCCUAAUUUACUAUGUGGAUAUUUCUUUAGAAGUCAUAACAUAUUUUUACCACAUGUAGUAUCCAAAAAUAGCCACAGAUUAAUAAAACAGAAGCAGUU